ACUUUAUGUCCUUGAAGAGAGAAUCGGGAGUGGAAGAGAAUUAGGAAUAUUUGUAACACCGAUGACGUUCCUCACUACGGCGAAAUUUUAAAAUUAUUCUCAGUGUUUUUGAAGUUUUACUGUACUUAUCCAAGUAAUUAGUGCGUUCUUUAUUUCGUUUGUUUCGCGACGUGCCGGAGUUCGCUUGCAUUAUACGGGACUUCUCUGCUGACGUCCCCAGUAUUAUCAAACCGCUUUCUGAUCGUUCUACUUAGCACUGACUCAAGUCUCCUCACUGCACUUUUAGUGUUUAUUUCGAGUUUUUUCGAAUCUGAACAUUGAUAAUUUCUUAAUUUCCCUCAUUCGCAACGGUAGACGGAUCGCAUCGCCCGUCAUGAAUUUUUGUUACAUUGAAUUUAGUCUGAUCUCUACUCUUGAGAAACCGUCUGAGUGACACUCCCCUCGAAGUUUCUGUGUGUUUAUGUGCGAGAUCUAAGAUUCUGUCUAGUUUAUUUUUGUGCCGUCUGAAUUUUUACAUCAUGCAUUUUCGUUAUAGCGUAAUCGCAACACUUACCGUGAUUAAUAAGAUAUGUUGAAUUUUGUGAGAGAAAAGAAAUGCCUGGCGCAGUCGGAAUAGAUCUUCUUAGUCAUGCCCUUACGUCAUCAGUAAAGCUGGUAAUGGUAGCACAAGUGCUUAUUUGGAUCUGUGAAGCUUGCAAUGGCUGAUAAUUCCCUGACAAAUGCUUGCUUGCUGGUGAACAGGAGGGUCGAACAGAUGCAAGAGCAUCGUUUCACGUGUACUGAAAUCACUCAAAGGAGAGUUGUAAAGGACAAAAAUCCAGACAUGCCUCAGUACAUGGGUCACCCAGAAAUAGCGCAGUCUAGCUCUUACUCAGUUGACGUCUCUUAUCACCCAGCAAAUGGGCAUCCAGGCAGUCACUCGCCUAAUUCUUCUCUGCAAAGCGAAGAAAAUCCAACACUAGUUUCAAGAACGCAGAAACAGCAAACAACUCAACAAAUAACAACUGUAACCAAAGUCAUUCGGGAAGUUCAUCACAUGGGUCCUGAUGGUGAAGCACCUCCUGUUGACUAUGUCGCAUUUGCUGCCCCUCCAGGCUCUACCCAAGAGCACAUGUUGCCCCAGAACUCAGGUCGGCAUUAUGGGGAACAGUAUGGACCAACAUACCAUGAUUACGAUCACUUUCCUCCUCAAGGAAAUCUGUCUGUUAGUGGCCUAUACUCCAGCUCAGUAGGAUGUUAUCAGCCAUAUGGUAACACCCCAAAUUAUGCCGAACAGCCUCCAACUCCGCCGAGUCCAAGCGAACGCAGCGAAUCUCCUCCACCUGCACAUGCUUAUCUUGACAAAGGUGUCCCAUAUUUGCCGUCCGGAUACGACGAACUGGAUGCGACGCAUAUGCUACAACGACCGGAGCAUUUCAGAAUAACACCGUCGCCAGGAGAUGUAAGCGACCGCUAUGGAAUGAGAUGGCGUGAUCCAAAUUUAACUGAAGUCAUUAGCUUUUUAAGUAAUCCCAAUAACUUAAUCAAGGCAAAUGCAGCCGCAUAUCUUCAACACUUAUGCUACAUGGAUGAUCCAAACAAGCAGAAAACAAGAUCAUUAGGUGGUAUUCCACCUUUAGUUAAGCUUUUAAACAAUGAAAAUCCAGAUGUGUAUCGAAAUGCUUGUGGUGCUCUAAGGAAUUUGUCGUAUGGUAGGCAGAAUGAUGAAAAUAAGCGAGCAAUUAAAACAGCUGGCGGAAUCCCUCUUUUAAUUAAUUUACUAAGAAAAUCUAUAGAUGCAGAAGUUAAAGAAUUAGUAACUGGAGUUCUAUGGAAUCUCUCAUCGUGUGAGGAUUUAAAAAGGUGUAUUAUAGAUGAUGGAUUAGGUGUAAUAGUAAAUCAUGUAAUUAUACCACACUCUGGAUGGGACCCUGUCAAUCCAGGAGAGACACUUUGGUCGACAGUUUUUAGGAACACAACAGGAGUUUUAAGAAAUGUGAGUUCAGCUGGAGAAUAUGCCCGGAAGAAACUCCGUGAAUGUGAAGGGUUGGUCGAUGCAUUACUGUAUGUCGUCAAAUCAGCUGUAGAAAAGUCAAAUAUCGGCAACAAAAGUGUAGAGAAUUGUGUCUGUAUUCUGCGUAAUCUAUCAUAUCGUUGCCAAGAAGUAGAAGAUCCCAACUAUGACAAGCAUCCUCUUGUGCCACAGAACAAAGUCAGUCCACAAUCCAAAGAGGCCAACAGCAAACUGAUAUCUGGUGACAAUUUAGGAUGUUUUGGUGGGAGCAAGAAGAAGAAAGAAGCUGAGGCAAACGAUCAAAGAGAAACGAGUGUUACUAAUCCUAAUUUGUUGCCCAAAUCUGGUCCAGUGAAAGGUUUAGCCCUACUAUGGCAACCAGAGGUCGUUCCGCUGUAUCUAGCCCUACUUCAAAGCUGUUCGAAUCCAGAAACCUUAGAAGCAGCUGCGGGGGCACUCCAGAAUCUAGCCGCCUGCUACUGGCAGCCUAGUAUAGAAAUUAGAGCUGCUGUACGAAAAGAAAAAGGUCUCCCAAUUCUAGUGGAACUCCUCCGAAUGGAAGUUGAUCGAUUUGUGUGUGCUAUAGCUACUGCCCUAAGAAACUUAGCCAUAGAUCAAAGGAACAAAGAAUUGAUUGGAAAAUAUGCCAUGAGAGAUUUAGUCCAAAAAUUACCGUCAGGCAAUCCACAACAUGAUCAUGGGACAUCAGAUGACACCAUAGCCGCCGUUCUAGCCACUCUCAAUGAAGUGAUUAAGAAAAAUGCUGAAUUUUCAAGGUCUCUACUGGAAGCGGGAGGUGUAGAGCGCUUAAUGAACAUAACAAGACAGCGGCAAAAGUAUACGCCAAGAGUUCUGAAGUUUGCUGGACAAGUCCUUUUCACUAUGUGGCAACACCAGGAACUUCGAGAGGUCUAUAAGAAACAUAACUGGAAAGAACAAGACUUCGUGACAAAAACCAUUGCUGCUAGAAACGCUGGUCCGAACUCCCCUAGCAAUGCCAGCAGUACAUUGAACAGGCCAAUGGCUAGCCAAGGUGGCACCCGCUAUGAGGACAGGACUAUUCAAAGACCAACGACAGCUCAAAAUUCUGAUCAUAGCAUGGGAAAUAAUAUCGCAGGUCCAUCAAACCCAGCCGUGGUGAAACCAGGAGAGCCUUUGUAUGCACAGGUGAACAGAGAAAAGAAAAAGAACCGGCAGUUUGAUGGGAACUUAGUGCAAGGAAGUGGAGAAGUUUGGGCUUACGAAGAGAACCAAGUCAAAGACGCUGUAACUCCGAGCGGAGGUGACUCAUGGGUGUAAAAUGACAGCACUUUCCCCUCCAAGUAAAGCUUUGCCUCGUCCCUUGCAUUGCGAUCAACCAAAGACUUUUCACUGCGUCAAGGUUUGCCAUACAUGUAAAACUAAAAAACUUAUCAUGGAUUUUUCGAGGAAGUUCUCUUUCUUUUACUCUCUCAUAAGAAAACUAUCUGACCUCUUUGCAUUUAAUUUUUAAGAAAUGCAAGUCAGGGCAGAGGAAUCUUUCAGUAUUGCAGAAAAUCAUAACAAUUGACUUUUCCCCUCCAUGAAAGUGAAAUACGCCAGGAUGUUAGUAUUAUUUCUGAUUGAGAUUUGGAUUUUUUAGCUCCACUACUAUCAUAGUUGUGUCUAAGGAACAGUAAAAUGCAACCUAAUGAUUUCAGUUCCAUUCCUUUCACUCUCAUAAAGAAUCAGGUUUCACCCGAUUGCUCAGUUGUAAAUCGCUCACUAUGUUCCUUCCACAAACACAAAUUUUUUUCGAAGCUUCUAGAGCCCUCUAUGAUUCUGUUGCAUGGAAGAGAUACAGCCUAGUGAAAAGCUUUUUUCUGUGUAGAACCACACAAAAAUCACCAUGGGCACAUAAAAUAAGUCUGAUAUCCACCUUUAGCUAGUAACUUGCUCGGGUUAUAACACGCUUUUUCGAAUUUCCUGCGUUUGCAGUUAGUUUCUUUUGGUUGCUAUGGACCACAUUUGCCCAGAAAAAGACAAAAAGAAGCCUAACCUAAAUAAACAGUCUUGCAAUUUUUUUUUGCAUAUAAUUUCAGUUGUUUUCUUAGGCAUUUGUUUUCUUUUAAUUCUCAUACAUAUUUUGCAGAAACAAAAGCUUUAAAUCAACUGAAACAGUACAAGACGAAAGUUGGUAACAUUAGUAAGAUUGCUCGUUCAUUUUGGUUCAGUAUUCAAGUGUUUCUCUCUGGGCAAAUUCUCUUUUGAUUUCACCAACAGGAAGACACUAGCUGUAUCCCUUAAAUGCAACAGAUCCAUUUAUUCUCAUUUCAUGAGUUUCAUUUUUUGUGUCAAGUUUUAAUGGUGUUGGAAGCACCUUCUCACAGUUUUUCUACUAUUAAGACUUUUAUAGCUUUUUUUCACAAUCGUCUAGGAGCUAAUUUUUUACUCGUACGCUUAUUCCAGUAGUUUGAAUUUUUAUAUAGAUUCUAUCUUCCUCAGGUUAUUGACCACUUGUGACUGCAGUGGAUUUUCUCCCCUCAGUAGUUAGUACUCCCUUGCUCUUGACCUCAGCUCAAUUGGUAAUUUUUAAGCUCAGAAUUGUAGCAUUUUUACGUCUAAUUUUCUGAAGCCUGUUAUACUCAAAACUUUUACUAGACGGUUCAAUGGUUUAAAUAGCCAAGCAAGUGAUCGAUCAGUAUUACGAAGAUACUUGGUGAGAUUAAAAUUUCAUCUCUCCGUAUUAACGAAUAGAAUAAUAGUCCAACACUAAAUGAGAAAAAGGAAUGAUGUAAGGAUUUUUGAAACAGAAAAAACGAGUUAUCAAACACUCGAAUGGCUCCUUAUCUGUUCUAAAGUGUGUUUUGAAUAGGGUGAAAUCUGUAUAGUUUUUUGUGCUCAUUUAGCUCAUUUUCAGCCAGUUCUUAUCUGCAUCCUCCAUGUCAAGCUCCUAAUAUACAGGGUGAUUCAAAAGUCCUGCACCGUCUCUACAGCCCCUAGGGGUCUAGCCCCUUUUCUGAGCGGCCCCUUUUAAAGUUAGGGGAUUUCCAUACGUAGUUUUCUUUGACCUUGGAGCACUCACAAUAUUUCAAGUUUCUAUCUUGAUUUGUUGAAAAAUUACUUCGGCUGUGCCUGGUGCUGGUUGUGCUGGACUUUUGGAUUACACUAUAUACCAUAACCAAAUCAGUUAAAGGGGUUGUACGCAGCACUCUCAGUGGAAAUCUCAACUCACUCAGACAAUCAGCCUGAUGUAUCAUUGCAUUUAAUAUAGAGAUGGUAAAGAAAAAAGUUUUACCAUUUUUUUAGUCAUUCUGUGAAACUAGACGCAUUAAAAAAUCAUCUGCUUAAAAAAGAGAUCACAUUGCAUUUAUAAUAACCUUUAAUUUCUUUCAUUUGAACCAAUUGGUCAUCAACAAAAGAAAUUUUACACUUGAACCUCGUCUUUAAACUCUUUGUUUAGUUCCUCACAUAGAUUUUCCAUCUGCAGUCUCCACUCAUUGACUGACUUUUUUAACCUGUCCCUGUCUUAAACUCCUCAUCUAACUGAUGUCUGAUUUUUCUGAGGGCAUUAUUUUGUGCUUUUCUUAACUUUUGACAUAAAAUCCUGUCAAAUCCCUUUAUGAUAAUGUAAUUGCUGUAAAAAAAAUUGAUAAUGAGGGCUUAUUUCGUCUUGUCUGCGGGUAUUCAUUUCGCAUUAAAGAAACAAGUCUGUUUCAACUAGAUUAAGCUGAAUUAAGGCGUUAGGUGCAGAACAAGCAUUUCUCAGUUGCAGUGUUUCAGAAUCUCCAGUGCUAAUUUAUCCUUUUGAAAGGAAACUAUCGGGUGAAUUUUCUAAAAUAUCACGUUCUCAGCAUUGUAAAAUUGUAAAGAAUAUUCAGUAAAAGUCACAACGAAUUACAUAUAUCUGCUCCAACCAUACCGGAUGAAACGCUAGCAGAGAUUUUGAGACACCGCAACCAAGAAAUGCCCUUUCUGAGCCCAGCGCUUCAAUUAUCUUUGUAGAGGUGUCGGUAGCUAGGUUGGCAGUUGUUCACUUUCUGUUUACAAACAAUGGCAAUGCUUUUGUCAGCUAGAUUGACUGCCGCCUGAAUGCGAGCAACGCUGCCACCGUUUGCAGAGACAUAAAUCAGUCUACUGUGCGUGGCAAUUAGAAGUAAACAACGGCCAGAUUAGCUGACAACACCUCAAAUAUCCCAUCAAGUGUCAAUAUUUUAACUGAAUCUCAACGAACUGAAAACUGUUUAAUGAUGGUGCCUCACGAAAUAUUUUCAUCUUACAAUUUUAUUAGUUUUACCUUUACUUAUAAAUUUUUUCUCUCUAAUAUAAGCUGGAACUCUCAUCAUUUGAUUUGAAUCUUGAUUAGUCUUUCAAAGAGUUGCAUUCUAUGUCAUAAUCUACUCCUCCCAAAACUCUUCAAAAAUUGAAAAAUUUCAGAAUUGAAUGAGUCCAUUUUUACAGGUAUUUAGUUUUUACUAUAAAUUACAUUCCACAAUGGUUGACAGCAAGUCUGCGCACGGGUUCCAAGGUUGAUUUCAAGAAAAGAUGCUGAUUUUCAAUUUUGAGAGCUUAAGAUAAAGACGUAUGUUAAAAUAGUGACAAAAUGCUGGGACUCAACUCUUUUCAAAAAUGUUUGGCAUUUACUUUCGACAGUGGCUCCCAAAAUUUAGAGAGGGGACUGAGUUAGACUCAGAUUCAUGUCUACCUUUCAUUAUUCUGUUGAUGUUCCCUCUUAUUGUAGGUUAAAGCCAACAAUGAAAUUUAAAGACUCUCUUUUUGACCUGGAGAAUUUUUUAUUUUUAAAGUAUAGCAUCAGUUUUUUUUCAGUUGUAUGUUCAGUCAGAGUAAAUAUCAUUGUAUGGAAUCCACUGUGGAGAAUGUCUAAAGGGCUACUCUUGGGUUGGGCUUACUCUACAAUUCUGCUGGGCAGUAUGUAUUGAAUUCUCAGCUUUUUACUUUCUCUUCCGGCUUUUGAAGAUAACUUAGAGGAAAAUUCAAAAUAUCCUAGACUUGAAUGUCUUGUUCUGCAAGGCACAGUUUAAGAAAGGAACUGACUGAAUUUUGGUUCAUUUACAUAAGAAGGUUGGCAGACAAAAGCAUCUUUGAGGAAGCUCCAAAGGUGCUCUGUUUCAUUACUUCUCAUCCAAGUUUCCGGUUUCUCAUGAUAGAGGUGCAAAUGACUCAAAAACAAAAGUAGGUAAUACGUCAAAAAAUGUUAAGGGUAGAAGUUGAUUAACAUCGUUGUAAGUUUUUGAAUACAUGAAAUACUCUACCAUUCACUGUCUCUUCCUGUUGGUUGCAGGAGGGUUAUACAUUUAAGCUAUCAGCUAUCAAGAGCCUUUUUUCUAAUUUUGAAGAUGGGGAACGUUUUCAAAAAUCUGGUCAGAAAUCUUAGAUUUUAUCGCAGUUACUCGAAUUGAGUCAACUCUUUUGAUUAAUCCCCAGACUUUAGAGUAUGUUGCCGCAAAAUUGAGUCACGGUAAAAAGUAAGACAGUGUGCCGAGUUUUUCUGUUGAAUAAGCUCUUAUCAGGACUGGUAUCACCAAUAAAAUUUUGUUUUCACCAAGCAAGGAAUCCAGGAGAUUAACUUGAAUGAAUCAGAUUCCCUCAUCAGCAAGUGAACGAGGUAUGUGCCAACUAAGACAAGACAGAGCUAGCUUUGUAAUUGGCUGGAGACAGAAUUUCUAGAAGGCAGGCAUUCCCUAUGAGACAAAAUUGGAAAUUCCAGCCUAGUGCGCUUCUUUCAAGGUAUUUUCCGCUUGAGUGCAGUUCGCAGGACCGAUUAUAACUCAGUUAUAACUUAUUCUGUAAUACCUCAGUUCUUUGAACUAAUUCAUUCCAAAGUUCUGUGAACUGCAUCCGUGCAGACAAGGCAUAAGAAAAAAAAAUGAAAGCUCAUCAAUCAAAGUUCAUCUUCAGGGCAACGAUUUCUGUGUUCUAUUUUGAUCUGUAUAUAUUUUAUUAUCCAUGCAUAAUGAACUUGAUGAAUGAGGAUUCUCAAUACUUUCUAUAAUUUUCUCUGCAGUUACUAUCCAAUGAAUCAUUCAACAAAGCUUGUAAAAUCAAAUACUAUUGCAUCUCUUCUUUCUAGAUUUAUUCAUGCUUUCUUUACUGCAUUUUACGGUUGCACUUUGAGCUCAAUAUAGUUAGAAGCCGGUUGAUCUCAUAAAAUAGAAACUUAAAUUUGAGCUGUUGGAACUGAACAGGACAACGGUUUGUUGUUGACAGAGCUCAGCCCUGAGUUUUAUUUUUCAAGCAAGUCCUUUUUGACUAAGUUGUCGAUGUGAACAAAAUUCCUAUCCUUGCAACAACUAUCUUAAGUGAAAUUUUUCAUUGUUAUUUUUUAUUAUACUUAGUGUUUAUUGUAUAUUUUACAGUCGCAUGUAUAAUUCUUUAUUUUAUUUUUAUAUUUUCUUUUUGACAGCAAUUUUGUAAGUAGAAGAUUUAUUUUAUUUUAUAAUUACGUAAAGUAUAGUUUCGACUCCUACCCUUAUAAUAUGCAAUUAUCCAAACUUUUUCCGAAUAUGAAGUCUGACAUUGUAUUUUAAAGUUAUACAUUUAGUCUUUUGCAUAAGGUCCAGUAUUUGUGUGUGAAUUGUCAAAUGGUUGCAGGUCUUAUCUGCUUUCAUAUAUUUGAUGACAAGAAGUUCGUGCACAAUUUAAAUAUGAUUAUUCUUGCUUCAAUACGGAAUUAAGCAUCCAUGAAAGUGAUAUUAUUUUUAUUCUAUCCUUAAUUUAACUCCUAAAAUGAAUUUUCGUUUCUUUUUAAUUUUAAUAAUUUUUUUACGUACACAAUUUUUAGUUAAUAUUGUCUUUCUUUUUACUUAAAUUAAUUAUCUGUACACAAAGAAACAACCAUAAAAUGCAUUUAAAAUUUAAACACAUUUAUUCUCCAUGCAUACUCACCCACCAACUCAUUUAGGUUUUUUAUUAUUAAUUAUUAUGACUCUGGUAUGUUAUAACAGAAAUGAGUACUUCAUCAAUGUAUACAUGUAAGCAAGUUCAGUGUUUAUAAUCUACUAUCUGGGCUAGCCUGUAAAUAAUAAAAUUAUGGUGAUUUAUUGCCUUUUUUAAUUAUUUAAAA